AUGUUUCCCUCCGCCGUCCUCUUCUCGACUCUUGUGGUCUCGGCUUUGGCCCAGAACUCCACCUCCUACAAUUUGCCUGGAGGCUUCAACCUCGGCCUUGUCAAGCCAGAUGAGCUGAACUCAUGGUGCCAGGGACAGCGCAACCAGUGCCCGGCAAUUUGCAAGGGUGACACCAAGCAAAACACCUGUGAUCCGUCCACUCUGCAGUUUAGCUGCAUCUGCGCUGAUGGCAAGACUGCCGAUGUCACACCUUACAUCCAGACUGUUCCUUUCUAUGUCUGCGAGGCCAACUAUGGCCAGUGCGUUGAUGCCCACCCCAAUGAUGCCAUGGGCCAAGAGGCUUGCAAGAAGGCUGCGAAGUGUGGAAACAAGAAUGCCACCGCCAUUAUGAGCACUUCGUCGUCGAUGACUGCAACCAGCACUCUGACCAUGGCCACAGCCACCGGCACUGACUCGGACUCCUCCAACAAGGACGUCACCUCGUCGGCGGCUGCCGCUAGCACCACAACCACCAAUGCGGCUGUUCCCCUGGGUGGUUUCCUCGAGACCUACUCCACCGGUAUGAUGGCUGGUCUCAUGGUCCUGGCUAUGCGCCUGGUUCUGUGA